AUGAUGUGCACGGCGCGUGAUGUCAGCAAGCUCAGUUUGCCUGUCCUCUUUGCCGACCUCCGCCAUCCAAACGCUCAAGCGUCUAGUCAAAAUCAUUUUCCUCUCCUGUUCCAACGCCUUUAACGAUACCUCAGCCAAACAUGGCCAGCCAGUCUCAAGGAAUUCAGCAGCUAUUACAGGCCGAAAAACGCGCAGCUGAAAAGGUUGCGGAGGCCCGGAAACGUAAGAAUCGUCGUCUGAAGCAGGCAAAAGAGGAGGCCCAGGCAGAGAUUGAACAGUACCGUCUACAGAGGGAGAAGGAGUUCAAGACGAAAGAAGCCGCAGCUCUUGGCUCCCAUGGGAACUCAGCAGUGGAGGUGGAUAAGGAGACCGAGGACAAGAUGGGUGGCAUCCAGAAAAGCUACCAGGUGAACCGAGAAGCAGUGCUGGGGAACCUGCUUAAAAUGGUGUGCGACAUUAAACCUGAGAUCCACGCCAACUACCGUGUGGCCGGAUAGGACAUUCCCCUUGCCCUUGAGAUGCGGCAGUAUAAGGACUUCUAUUGUGCAGCAAUUGGGGUUAGCUCAGAGAUGUAAGCUGGCUGUCAUUAUAGCCUUCUGAUUUGUGUUUAUGUUCUGAUUUUACUGCUCUGUGAUGCAUUGCCUUCACUUAAAGCAAACUCUUAGUUUAGAGUUUAAAAAGAAAACAUACUGACCCAGAUUAUUAAUAUUUGAAUGGCUAUAUUGUGUCCUGGUAUAAAAAAGGUUGACAAGAUAAUAUUCUAAAUGACAGUUAAAUCAUACGCCUGUACUGCUUAUGCCCAUUGGCUAAGAUGGCAAAGAAUUUGAGUUUGUUUUAAAGGUGAAUUACUGUGUUACCCAGCUGUAAAAUCUAUUAUGGGCCCAGACUGCAUGGCAAUGGAAGUCCUCUCCAUGCUGUAACUUAUUGAUGUCCAGAGGAUCAUUAGGAUCAAUAGUUGAGUGUUGUCUGUGAAGGCCAUGGCUGUGAGUGUACGUCUUGCUUUGAGUUGUAGUGUCUUUAUUUAUGGUGCUUUAUUUUGUCAAAUUUUAAAUUGUUGUUUGAUGUCAGGACCUAUGUAGAGCUGAACAGAAUUUUCUUUCCUCUAUCAGGUAAAACUUAAACAGCCUCUGUUUUCCUCACACAUCUGCAUAGUGAAAAUGCUGCCACACUUCCUGAUCUUCCUGUUCUUUUUCUCCUCUGUAUCUGUGGGACCGUGGUUUGGAAAAACUGCUGUAAUCAACUGGUGAUUAAACGUUUGAAAUUCUGGA